AUGACAUUGAAGGUCACGUGUAGGCGUCAGUGUGGGUGGAGCCUGAAAACAGCAGAAAGCACCUGGAGCUUCAGGUGCCAAACACCUCAUCAAACCCAGAUGAGAGGAGAGGAGCUGCUGAACUGCAGGAUGGAUUCCUGUCAGGAGUUUGAAGUGAUGGUUCACACCUCACCUGGUUCCACCUGUGGGACCUUCAACCGUCUGCGUCUCAGUUUGAUUGGGUCGCAAGGUGAGACUCCGCCCAUCACAGUGAAUGACGACCAUCAUCUGCUGCCUGGAUCUACAUGCCUGGUCCAGGUCCGGCCCAAUGGCCCACUGGGUCGGGUGGUUCUGGUCCGACUCCAGCUGGAGGUGCGGACUGGAUUCCCCAAUGUGGACUGGCACUGCAACAGAGUAGAGCUCCGCCAACGGGUUAAAGGUCAGGAACCAAGGCCCGACGGUUCAGAAACAAAGGUGUUCUUGUGCGACAAGUGGCUGCGGACAGCAGAUGGCGACGUGGAGCUGCGCAGUGGAAAGCUGUGUUUGCUGGCGGAGGAAACUGAAGAGCGAGUGAAGCAACAGCGACUCGGCCAGCUGCAGCGGCAGCAGCAGCACAUCAGGUGGGGUGUGUUUGUCGAAGGCGCUCCUCAGUGCCUCGAUCUCAAGAGUCUGUCCGAUCUCGGGCCGAACCUGAGCUACACACACAUCAGCAGUCCAUCCAUCGACUUGCACUACCUGAAAGGCUUCGCCGGCCGGACCGAAUCCUGGAGCAGCUUCUCUGAGCUGGAGACCGCCUUUGCCUUCAGUGGACAUCAGAACAACAUCGCCAAGUUUGUGAAGGCUCACUGGAUGGAGGAGUGGUAUUUUGGCUAUCAGUGUCUGAACGGCUGCAACCCUUUGCUCCUGAGUCGGACGCACCUCAUCCCUCCGAACCUGGCCGUCACCUCUGACAUGCUCCGCCCCUUCCUACCUGCAGACUCCUCCCUCGAAGAAGAGCUCCAGAGAGGGAACAUUUACCUGCUGGACUACAAGCUUCUGGACGGGCUUGAAGCCAACCAGAUCAAUGGAAAGCAGACGUACCUGUCCGCCCCGCUGUGUCUCCUCCACCUGAACCAGCAGGGACAGGUGGUCCCCAUCGCCAUCCAGCUCCAGCAGACGCCCGGCCCGCAGAACCCGGUCUUUCUGCCCUCUGACCCCACCUGUGAUUGGCUGCUGGCUAAGAUCUGGGUCCACAGUGCCGACUUCCAGGGUCACCAGCUGGUCUCCCAUUACAUGCGGACCCAUAUGAUGGCGGAGCUGUGCUGCAUCGCCACGCUGCGGCAGCUUCCAGAGCAUCACCCUCUGCACCAGCUGCUGAUGCCUCACAUCAGGACGUCUCUGCAGAUCAACAUGCGGGCGCGAGGGUCGCUGCUGGCCGCUAACGGCCCCUUUGACCAGGCGGUGGGUUCUGGCCUGAAGACCAUUCCAGACAUCCUCCGCAGAGCUUCGGCCACCAUCCACUAUCGGUCCAUGUGCGUUCCUGACGACCUGGUGGACCGCGGCGUAGACAAACUGCCUCACAGCUUCUACGCUCAGGACGCCCAGAGGAUCUGGGACGCGCUGUACAGGUUUGUCCUCGGCUGGGUCCAGCUGUACUACAUAGGAGACAAAGACGUCCAGAAUGACUCCGAACUCCAGAACUGGAUCACCGACAUCAACACACACGGAUUCUCACAGAACGCAGGGUUUCCUCCGUGUUUCCAAACCAAAGAAGAACUUUCCAAGUUUGUGACCAUGGUGAUCUUCUCCUGUUCCGCUUUGCACGCCGCUGUCAACUUCUCCCAGCUGGACUUUGCUCUCUGGAUGCCCAACUGCCCGCCCGCUAUGAUGCGUCCUCCCCCGCAGGCUAAAGGCGCCAUCACAGAGCAGGACAUCAUGUCCUCCCUCCCGGACAUCAACUCCACCAACCGCAUCCUAACGACACUGAGCAUGCUGUCACAGCCUGGCGUUGACUUUGUUCCUCUGUGUCACUACAGGGAGGCCGUCUUCAAAGUCGACGCCCACCGCAGACUGCUGGAGGAAGUGCAGGCGGAGCUCCAGGCCAUUACUGAUGACAUCACAGAGCGCAACAGGCACCUGGAGCUGCCAUAUACGUACCUGUGUCCUUCCGGCAUCGAUAACAGCGUCGCCAUUUAAACUCCAUCGACUGCCUCCUGGUCUUCAGAUAUUAACCGUCUUUACUGCAACUUGAUGUUUCUAUAACUCACUGUCCUUUAAAAAGUAACUUUAUAGAGACUAUAUUGUUUCAUAUUUACUAAAUCUGAUCGAGAUUCUCCACCUUUUCUCUUAGCUGCUUCUGCCGUCUGAGGAAAUUCACCAAAAACAACCAAUCAAAGCAAAAGGGCGGGGCUUAGUGCUGUUAAUCAACCUUAUUAAAGCACUGCUAAAUGUGCUGGUGGCGGAGAAGCAAAUUGCGGAAAGGAAAACCGUGCCAUGCUAGCUGUAGCAUAGCUAGCAUGGCUCUUUGUUAGAGCUAGAGGGGCGUGCGAGAGGUGGACAGUUUUAACAAAUAUGUCAAUAAAUAAAAGUCACUUAAAGCAGAUUUGACCGUGAGGUGGACAAACUAUGGAGAACUCAGGACUUUACCAAAACGCUGGACUGAUAAAGGUUUUACUGCUCAUAUCCUG